AUGCCCGAUAAAGACUCAUCCACCCCCCGAGUCUUCCUCUACCGACACGGCCAAACGGAGUGGUCCAAGAAUGGACGAUACACCGGAAUCACCGAGCUGGACCUCACACAGGAUGGCGUGAACCAGGUCAAUGCAUCUGGAAAGAUGAUUGUCGGAUCAGGCAGACUGAUCGACCCGGCUAAACUGGCCCAUGUCUACAUCAGUCCUCGCAAGCGAGCCAAGCAGACCUUCGAGAUUGCCUUCUCGGAUGCCGAUAAGCAGGCGCUCAGGGAGCAUCAGAAGGUCUCUGAGACCGGUCGGUUGGCUGAGUGGGAUUACGGUCUGUAUGAGGGUAUGUUGACUAAGGAUAUCCGGGCUUUGCGUAAGGAGCAUGGUCUGGAUACUGAGAGUGAGUGGGAUAUUUGGAGAGAUGGGUGUGAGAAUGGAGAAUCUGCGCAACAAGUGACGGACCGUCUUGACGAUCUCAUUCAAGAGAUACGUGCAAUUCACAAAGACAAGAUGCAUGGAGAAAAGCCCGCAGAUAUCCUGCUCGUUGCACACGGCCAUUUGCUUCGUGCCUUUACGAAACGCUGGUUGGGAUAUCCUAUGGAGUUCCCCCUUUCUCUGAUGCUGGAUCCUGGAGCUGUUGGUGUCCUCAGUUACCAGCACCACAGCAUCGAUGAGCCGGCUUUGUUGGUUGGCUAUGGAUACCCAUUGCAGGACUGA